CUUGGCGCUCAGCCUCGCUCCCAGGACUUCACGUGGUGGCUAAUCGAAGACAACGUGUUCAUUUUGUUUAUAUCCAAGUUUGUAUUUAGAAUAUUUGUUCACGUAAUAUACUAUAUUUUUAUUCUGCGAGUGUUCAAGUAAAAACUAUGUCAUUCCGUGGUCGUGGAGGUGGUCGUGGAGGUUUUCGUGGAGGUCGUGGUACACCUCGAGGUAGGGGUGGCAGAGGAGGGGGUCGUUUUCAAGAUUAUGGACCUCCUGAACAUGUUGUAGGUGAGUAUGAAAUAUUGUGUUUGAUCUUUGUGAGAAAUAUAAUGAGUUAGAGGUUAUUGAUUUCGUGUACAGUUUAGUUUAUAUGCACACUAGUGCAUAUAUUCUUUAUAUAUUCUUUCAAUAUGUAAUCAUUCUGUCAGUUUAUGGAUUUCUUCGGCUGUUUUUCAUACCCAGCCUCCAGGGUGGAAAGUUUGUUUUCUGUGCGCCGAAGCAAAUUUAUGAAUUUUCCAUGCCGACGAUCUUCGGCACAACCUACAAACUUUCCACCCUGGCCCAGCCUUGGUCAUUAACAAUUUGUACCCAGGCUAGGUUGAUUCAUACUCAUUUUUAAGACUGUCACAGUAUGUACCAACAAUGGUUGCUACGUACUUGGAUUUUCACGGUGAAAUUUUACAGUGACUGCAAGUACCAUAUGGCCGAGAGAAAUUUCCAACUGCAAAACAAACUAGGCAGUUGUGAUAUUGACAAAAAUCGAUAUAUCGAUAUCGAAAAAAAAAUCGACUAUAUCGAAUUGCAUGUAUACGCAUCACAAACAGUUAAAAAGAAGUGCAUGAAACCAGUCAUGGUACGUCUCAAAGAUUUAUUAACAACGGUUUAUCCGUCAUCUCCAACACAGCUUUUAAUUUCAAUUGCCCACUAGCUGGCACACACUUGUAUCAUAAAUUUGCAACUGCCGCCAUACACAUGUUGUCUAAACUUCACCAAUGAAAACAAUAAUUGCCGAAUAAUCCGAGAUUAAGUUGUUUAGUUACAACUUUCGAUAUUUUCAAUAUGCGAAAAAUUGAAUAUCGAAUAUAUCGAUAUUUUUGAAAUAUCGAUAUUUAUCGCAAAUAUCGAUAUAUCGCAACUGCCUAAAACAAACACACUUAUAUAUCGACAUACCCAGCACCAACUAGUGUGACAAUUUUCUAUAAAACAUUUCAUUUGCAUGUUACUAUUUAUUCAUUUGAAUUUAUCACAGGUAAUACCCAUAGAAAGAACCCCGCAGUUAUAUCUUCUCAUUUUUAUGCUUUUUAGUACAAUUAUUCAACAUUAAAUUAUUUUUAAAGUUGUGUUUGAUGACAGUAAUUCCAAUUCUGUUAUCCUGUAGUGAAGUUUGGGAACCAUAUGUGUUACAAGAUAACCUCCUUUUAAAAGCAAACUUUUCAAAUUAUUAACAAAUGAAAUGGGAAUUUAAAAUUUAGUAAACAAAUUUUUAGCUUACUGUUACACUGUAUAUUCAAAAUGGCUUGUUAAGCAGCCCGAGUGUGUAUGAAACUGAACUUUCAAUCAUUCUCAGCAAGUAGUUUGUGUAAAUUACUUGCUGAGAAUAUGUAAUACCAAUGUCAAAGAAUAAGAAUAGUUAGCAAAAUCAUUUUCAAUGUAUGAUUAAAAUGUACAUACUGUACUGUACUAUUCGAAACGAUGGGCAAAAUAUUAGUUCUGGCUUGCAACUUUAUUUUGGUUUUGGGUGUGUUUGAUUCCAUGUGAGGCCAAGAUAUGUGACUGUUCUUGUUAAAAAUAUUAAAAUAUAUUACAAUUGUCUAAGCUUUCGUUGUUCAAUGGCAUCACCAGAGACAGUUAAGUAUAAAAGCUACUCAACACGAAAGAGAAAAUGACUGUUGGAAAUCACAAAGUUAAUCCCCACGUCAUUACUAUUUUGACAUGUGAAACUUAAAGUUGUCCAAUCACAACAUUGGUUUGCAAAACUCAGAAACUACUUUCUGCUGAGGCAUGGGAUAAUAAAUUAUUAUUUGAACCAGUUAAGCCUGGUAUAUUUAUUGAGAUGAAGAACUGAGAUUCAAUUAGGGCUACAUCCAUAUAAGAUGGCUGACAUUUUGUUUUGCUUGGCUGCCAAUCUUUAAUAUGGACACAGAAUAGGAAGUUAUACCAGAAGCGUAACUCUAGUCGUUUCCCUUAUUGUUUGACAUCCACGAAAAUUUUAACUCGCUCACGUCAGGCCACGCCAUCCUGGCUAGUACAGCCGGAAGUUUUUAUCAGGAUUUGGUAGGUACAAAGUGCCGGUUGUACUAGCCAGGAUGGCGUGAUUGAUGACGAAUCGCUUGUAAAAACGGGGACAAAUAUUUGCUCGAGUUACGCUUCUGCUAUAACUUCCUAUUCUGUGAUAUGGACAUGACCCCCAUGAAGUUCUAGCCAAAUUGCAGGUUGCAUGUUAAGUUUCAGACCAGACUUGUACACUAUACCGGAUUAGGCCACUUCAAAUACAUUUUUAGUUUCCCCUUCCAGCUUCUCUUCACAAUUGCAUGUGGGUGGGGAAUUCAUCAUGCAUGAAUGUUGCAUGGCGAAAUAAAGGCCACAAUAAAUUAACAUACUGUAUAUACUCAGGGAGCAGGCCCGUCCAUUAGCAAGGCAGCCAGACCAGUCAUGUGUCCCACAUUUAGUGUGAAAGUUGCACAUUUAAACUUCUGGGGGCGGUUGUUUGAAGCCUGGUUAGCUUAAACGGUGGAUAAGUCAAAAUUAAAUAACAGUUUCUCACAUUUUAUAAAUGACUGAACUUAAAUCUCAUGCACAAAAUACAUGUGUCAUUUGUUUGCCAGGUUGAUAUCAUCAUCAAUGGUUGUUUUUAAAACUUUAUUUAUUUAUUAAACUUUGCCAAAUUUAAAUGUACAGUCAAGACGCGACAUAAAAAAACACACACAAAUACCACAGCAUAUCUACAACAAUAUUAAUUACAAAAGGCGGGGAUUCCACAACUGUAUAAAUAGUCAGGCAGAUAGAGGAUCAAAAUUAUGGAAAACUCACCAUAUCGAGGGGCAAUUCCAUUUUGCAUUCAUAUUGUGCCCUGAUGGCUAGUAAGUGCGUUUCUGAAUGUUGGCCGCGUUAAAAUUUCUUGUGGGCUCCUGCCGACACGUUUUUCUUCGAAUGUUGUAUUAAACUCUAUUACAGUUAAAAAAUGUGAAAUUUCAAAUAUAUUUCUAACACAAAUGACUUACAUCAAUAGACAGCUAACAAAAAACUACAUAUAAGACAUUUAAAUGGAUAGUUGGGAUUUUCAAGCGGUUUUCGAGUUAUUGCCGCUUCAAAUGUGAAAAAUAAGCCAAAAUCUCGCAAAAUUCCUGGGUACUAGUCUGAAAAUACACUUUCAACAGCUCAUAACUCAAGAAGAACUUGAAAAAUCCGGGUAACCGUUUAAAUGUGUUAUAUGUAGUUUUUUGCAAGCUUUCGAAUGAUGUAAGUCAUUUGUGUUAGAAAUGUAGUUGAAAUUUUACAUUUUUUAACUGUAAUAGAGUUUAAUACAACAUUCGAAGAAAAACGUGUCGGCAGGAGCCCACAAGAAAUUUUAACGCGGCCAACAUUCAGAAACGUACUUACUAGCCAUCAGGGCACAAUAUGAAGGCAAAAUGGAAUUGCCCCUCGAUAUGGUGAGUUUUUUCCUUCUAUCUGCCCGACUAAAACCAAUUACUGUGGGCUCUAAAUUCGCUACGAAUAUUAACUAAGUUAGUAUAAUACCUUGCACACACACUGUGUACACAAAGUCAUUAACAGUGCACACACACUUGUGGGGCAUGAAUCACGAUUGGAUGGUGCCAUGUGGUAAUGACCAACGUUCAGUUUCCAAUGAAAUGACCAAAUUAUUUUGACUGCAGUACUUACUAUACUUCAUUUCAGAAUGACUGUACAGGUACAGUACCUGUCAGGCAAUGGUUAUUGGGUAUUGACCAGCUGCUGACCACAAACGUUUUAAGAAAAUUCAGCACAUUUUCUCUCAGUAGCACUUACAGUACUACUGAAUGGCAAAUUAUUUUUAACCAACUCUUCAUUGUUUGAAAUUAUUGGGAGGCUGUCCUCUUUCCCCAACAAUCCAUGGUUGCCACAUUCUUACACUCAACAAUUCUCGGGUUUUGUAUAUGACGUCACCCUGGGGGUCAAGGGUCUUUGUUAAGCGUAAAGGACGGCUUUUGUACUGUUUUGUACUGGCUUUUAUGAUAUUCAGAGAACUCAUUUACAUAAGAUUCGUUUACAGCCAAAUUGUUUCUGUGUUGUUUUAGUUGACCCCAGUUCAAUGAUUGACCCCCACUUGGGUCAAAUUAUGCUAAAACGUCAUGUGAGUAAAACCCAAGAAUGAAAGAGAUAGUGGUGACAUGACCUAGCAGGAACAUGGAUUUUGCAUGUAGUUGUAUUGAUUGACAUGUGUAUUAGAGUAAGUUUCUGCCUGCUAUGAAUACAAUGCUUAGUGCAGUGCAUAAAGUGUGCAUGUACACAAACUGUGCUUUGUGAGCAUUUUUAUUGGGAAAUGUUUAUCUGGUCUACUGAUACUUGUUUUAAAGAUGAUCUCUCAGUUGUACACGAACUCGCUGUGUAUCUACAGUAUCACAGAGGUCCUUAGACCAUAGGACUAUGCUAUAAAGCUUGUUCAGCAAAGGUUUCAGCACACCAGGGUCCCAAAUGAUUACAUUGUUGUUGUGGGAAGUCUAUUAAUAAAUGUUAGUCAAAUACAAAAAUAUUAUAAAUAAUAAGGCUGGUAUUUUAGACAGGGUGCGAUAAUUCACGAUUUUUAGUCGUACCUGACUGGUACCGGGUACGCCAAUGGUUGUUGCCGCGUACUUGCACGAACUCAGUACUCAAUGUGUACUUAGUCAUUAAAAUAAGGUUCAUAAAGUACAGGUUUCUGAAAAGUACGUUCAGACUACAAACAAUCGACUCCAACGUUUCUUGGUGCCAUCAGUCCAAUCAUGUUUCAUGCCAAAACAUGUCAGACACAUGAUAUAAAUUACGAUAUUGAAUACCUUGGGCUUGGAAAGGUCACGUGGUACCAACGGCAACAAAAAGUAAGUACGCAGAUAGCAAGAGUUUCGCGUACCUACGUGGUACAUGGCUGAAAACAAAGAAGUACCUGACCGUAACAUUGGCGUACAGUACCUCCGGUACGUAAGUACGCGAAUUAUAGCAUCCUGUUAGAUGCAACAUACUUAACCUUAAUUGUCCUGCCAUUGUGUUCACCGAAACUUUAAAAGAAUUUUCCACAAGAAAUUUGCCGGCAAUAGAGGGUCCAGAAUACUGCCAUGUUCCUCAUGCAAUCAUCACACGAGGGACAUGGCAGUACUGUGUUUACAUGUCAUGUCCACGAUUGUAGAAACGUGAGAAUUCUAAGCUAUUCUAUACCCCAAAUGAAAUCAUAAAUUGUUUUUUAUUUGAUACAUCGCUGAACCACGUGCAUUAAGUAUGUACUUUAAAAACCAUUAACUUUUAAAAAGAUAUUUAUGUUCUUAAUUCACAAGCAACGUUGACAGGGUUUUCGACAUUUUAAAAACUUCUACACGAAAUGAAUUAUGCAAUCGAAGUUCAAAAGUUAUCAGCGAAUGUCAUCCUGAACACGUAAAGCGCCAAUUCAAAAUAAUCGGGAAUUGCUAAAAGUUAGCUUGGGAGCUUUGUAUUUGUACAAGUAAAGCCACACCCGGAUUUUGAGGGUAGGUGGCGUAGUGCGCACCUCCCCUGAGAUCGUUUUGCACCUCCGCCCCUGAAAAGUCAUGCACCUCACCUUGGGAGUAGGGAUGGGAAUGAAUGUGAAAAUUUAGCAAAUUUCUUUGUGUUUGUAAGAAUGUUUUUCGAAAGAGACUUUUUAGUAAUGUGAUGAAUGAUAAAAUUGGAUGAGUUGUACAGUCAUAAUUCAUGAGUACGUACAUGCAUACGUCACGUUGACUUUAUCGGGGGGGGGGAGUACAUUCUAAGCCCUAACAUUCCAUGGGAGCCGUGAGCUACGAUUGCUGCAUUGGUUUCCACCUCCCCCCAGCAUUUCCACCAAAAUCCAGCCUUGAGUAAAACAAGGAUUCGUAGUGAUAAUAAAAUUCAAUUUUAGAGCUUGGCGAAUAUUUACAUCCAUGUGAAGAAGACUUGGUCUGCAAAUGUUCAAAUGAAAAAAUUCCAUAUUUCAAUGCACCUGUUUACCUUAAAGACAAGUCACAAGUUGGAAAAGUUGAUGAUAUUUUUGGACCAAUCAAUGACUUUGUAUCCUUUUGCAUGUAUCCUGCCAUCCGAUUUGAGACUGUAAAAUUAAUGCAGAGUAGGAAUUCUGAUGUUAUAUGUAAGCUAACUAAAACUACAUGCAUAGUGCACUCUAUUGCAUGCAAAGUUUCAAGUUGAGUUACGUUAUGUGUACCCAAAAAAGUGCAUUGGCAUCGCAAUAUUUUUGUAAUAUACACUCGAUUUAAAAAUGACUUGACUAAAGUUAACUCUUCAUGACAAUUUUCAUGUAUUGAUCGCUGUUAUUUAAAAAAAUAUAGCUAACAGCUAUGCAAUUUCAUGUUUUGGCUGUAUGUACCUAAAAACCACAUCAACAAAAACAUCGCUACUCUGCUUGGGAAAUGUGUAAAGAGCACAAUUUUUAGUAUUAUGAGACUUUCUCUGGUCGUAGAUUUAUUUUUCCACAAACUUUUGACUGCCCAGCAAUAGACCGAUUCGAAAAAUAGUUGUCAUUCGUUUUACUUCCAAAAUUAAUUUCAAUCAUGAUCAAGGUAAUCGCCGCCGCGUUGUAGAAUACUUCAAAACUAACAGUUUUACAAAGUCUAAGUAUAACACCAUGUAUUCUCUUUGAGAAAUUAAACGUUAAAAAUACCGACGUUAAUUCUAAUGUUUGCAAACAAGCAUGACUAGCCUCGUUUUGGUGCUUUAUGCAUAUUUCAAAGACAAAGCUAGGGCUAUGAUUUCUACGGUGGCCCGUUAGGGACACGCUUGUUCUGUAGAAAAUCACAUUCGUUCUGUGUACUUGAAGUAGUUUUCAUUUAUAACAGAGCGUUUCUGUAUAAAUGUGCGGCGUUUCCGUAGAAAAUUCAGAUGACUUCCGCAGAAAUAUAGACGCUUUCCGUGCAAAUGUAGACAAUUUUAUAUAGUAUCCCAUGUGGAGUUUUGAUUUCCGUGAAUAAAAACAACAAAGCCUUUGACUGUCAAAGCGUUCAUUUACAUCACACCAAACAUUUGUCAUAAUACUACAAUUGCUUGUACGAUCUUACUUGUUGCUUUAUGACCGCCAUUAUUGGGACAAAAAUUGCAAUUUGGAAGAACAAAUUCGUGCGUACACUGUUUACAUGCCGCCAUUUUGCAUAAUAUACCAACUGAAGUUACCAUAGUUACCAGACUAUGCGCGCGCAUUAGUUUUAGAUUUCACGGAAGGCGUCUACAUUUGUAUGGAAGGCAUGUAUAAUAUUUCUAUGGAAGGCAUCUACAUUUGUACGGAAGAAGUCUACAUUUGUUCGGAAAGCGUCUAUAUUUCUGCGGAAGUCGUCUGAAAUUUCUACGGAAACGCCGCACAUUUAUACAGAAACGCUCUGUUAUUAAGGAAAAUUACUUCAAGUACACAGAACGAAUGUGAUUUUCUACGGAACAAGCGUGUCCCUAACGGGCCACCGUAGAUUUCACUUGCAAAUGAUUGUUUUCAAUCCUAAACACUUACACUUUGCCUUAAAUAACAGCCUUUGUUGAAAAAAUGUGUGUUAGUCUUUUAGUGCAUAAAAUAUAAAAGAGUGAAAACUAGUUUCGAAUCUGUCGAUUAGGGAUGUGACAACCGUUUACACUUACAACAUUUAAACAACAACAAACAUGAAGACAUGUAGAAGUGACGAAAAUCCCGUCAGUCUAAACCUUUGAUAAGUAAUUUUACGAUCAGAGAACGUCUCACAAUUACUGAACUACGCAUGCUCUCGACUUUACACAUUUUCAUUUAGCAAAUGUACCGCAAAAGCCACAUACAUGCAGUGACAAAAUUUAGGCAACAUAGUAAUGUAAUGGUUCGUCACUGCAAAAGUGUAACACAGUUAGAGUUUGAACUGUGUAAAUAUUUUAGUUUUGAAACUUAGUUUUCAACAGGGUACAGUAUAUUUAUUGAAUUAAUUGCUUAUUGGUACAUGUGAAAAUUCUAUUUUUUAAAAUUCAUUUCAACUAAGCGUGUGGUUUUUCACUACUUUGCGCAUGGUUUUGGAGGUGCAAACAGUUCAGUAAGGAUUUGCCGGACUUGUGUCACAUGUGCAGCCCUUUAAGUAUUUUUCUCAUUUGUAUUCAAUAUUUUAUUGCAAUUAAAGACACGAAACAUGCUUUCUUAAACUACAAUUCUUAACCUGUUUCCUGUUUGUAUGCAUUUCCAUAUAUAUUUUAUAUUUUAAGUAUCUUUAAGUUUGAUUUGCAUGUUUAAUACCUUAACAAGACAAGUUCUUUUCAGUCAAACUUGGGCCUGGAAUGAAUGCAGCCAGUUUUAAUGAUAAACAAAAGGUACAUGUAUAUUAAAUUUACAUAUAGAAAUUUAUAAAUGCAUGAUAUACUGUGCAUAUAUACAGGAUGUAUAAAAAAGUUCUCAACUCAACUGUAGAUGUCGAAACGAUUACUAUAUAACGAUAGAAUAAAACGUUUAUUUUUCAUUUAUUUUAAAGCUUAGGCUGCUUAGCCAUUUAGCUUUUCAGUGGUGCAUGUGUUUCUUCUAAAUUUAACGAUUGGUUCGCUAAUAAUAUUAUAAAAAUGCAGUGAUUGCAUGCAGAAUGAAAAAUUUGGUAUGUGCAUGAAAUGAGGAAGUCGAAGCAUUUUACAAUGGUUCAUGAAAACCAUUGAAAACAUGAAAAUCUAUUUGUGAUUCAUAUUUUUUGUGGAUUUUAACUUAGUAUUUUUACCUCUGCAUGUUAUAUAUCUUUUAAUACCUGUUAAUCAAUUUUUUUAGUUUUUUAUCGAUCCUGAAAAACUACUACCUUUGGCAAGGUUCUUGCCAAGACCAGCGGGACAAAGAGGUGUGUUAGACUAUAUUAAUUUAAUAUGCUGUUAUAUUUCAAUCUGAUUCGUGAUGUUUGUAAAGUUUUGAAAUUCUUUCGGUGUUUAUCCUAUAUUAAGUUAUAACUAUCUAAGGUGGGUAAUAAUGAGAAUAAUAAUAUACCUAAAAAUGUUACUCAGUUUGAUUGAUUGAUUGAUUGAUUUCAGCGCAGUUAAUUCCAAACAGCAGUGGCAGUGCAUGCCAGUGGGAAAAUCUGUGACAACAGCGCAAAGUUCUGUAACAACAUGUGCAAAAAUAUGUGAAAAUGCCAUUUUCAGUUCGCUAUUUUUCGGCGAAAUGCUUGAAAAAUCUUUCUUCCCGCGUUGGGUCCCGCUUGCGGCUUGCAUUUCGUGGACAACAAUGAUUGGAAACAUGCAUGCAUACAAGUUUAGUAUUUUUUACAGUUGGAAGAAAUGUUGUGUUUGUGACGAAAAUACUAAAUCGAGAAUAUAUAUUUAACACGGUAACUUUUAUUAACCUUUAAUAAUAUUUAUUAACCUUGUAAUUGUUAAAAUGAUAGAAAAGUUUCCCGAUAAAACAACUGUUGUUUUAUUUCAUAGCAUAAUGAUUAAUGAAACAGCACAUAAAAGUGAUAAAAUACUAUAGAUGAUUAAAGUUAAUCUAAUCGGAAGAGUUAUAGAUCUCUCCUUUACUUUGAAGGGAUAAUAUAAUAGUGAACCUUGCAAACUUAUAGCAUUUAAAAGUUAAAACGCAAGUUUUAAUUCGCUACAUUAUAGAUUAUAGUAAUAUUUAUGUCACUGUUUUAAUUAAAGGAUCAGUGCUAAACAAAAGCAUAAGAACAGGUUAAUUAAUUUGAAUGUAAGAUAAUAUAAUACUGCAUGGAAUCUUUCUUUCUACGAUAAACACUAUAAAAUUGGCUAAAUAUACUUUCACGGCUUGUGUGAAAUAAUCCACGAAUAUUCUACACGCGGGACGCGAGAAUGACGUCUGGAUAAUUCGGCUAAAUGAGCCUCAGAAGAAACUGUAUAGGGAGCCUCCAUAAAAAAGGGUGACCAAACUUAUAUGGCUGAGUGAAAUUUUGAAACCGUAAACGUUGUAAAAUGUGUUAUAACGAAGCAGGAAAACUUUGUCACUGGAGUUAAAACUACAAUUGUCUCGAACAUUUUUAUGUAUGUGAUUACUAGAAGUUACUAUCGCAAGGAAAGUGCUGCCUCACCCCGCCUUCCAUCACAUAAGCACGUAAAGGCGGUAAAGCACCCCUAAGACACCUGUUCAGGAGGUAGGAAAAGUGCAAUUUGAAUACGAAAACACCUUGCACAAAGUCGAAGGUCAGCUAAAUAUUCUAAUUGUAUUGACUUCCACAAAUUCCUUACUCUUCAAGAAAUUACUUCCUUGAAAAUUCCUUCGUUCUAAACAAAGAUGAAGGACUUUGCGAAAGUCUACAGGUCAUGCUAUGCAAGUUUUUAAUGAUUUGCAUUAUUCAAAUAGAUGCAGGUUUAUUAGCAUAUCAUGACCAGUUGUCAUGGCUAGCUUGCCACUGAAUACUGUACAAUAUCAUAUAUAACAAACGAUAAUAAAUUAUACUUGAAUGAAUCAUUGGAUAUGUAGAAUUUAAUAACAAUUUCAUACAUAGAAAUACUACCAGUAUUAAAGUCAGUUUUUGUCCCAAUUAUCGUUUUAAUGGCACCUUCAAGGCUACCCCACCACAGAACAACAGAACAAUCUGCCAAUGGGGAGACAAAAUCUAUUUUGUUAACAUUUUUGUUUAAUAUGUGAUACGUCAGCAUCAUAUACACCAUUCAUUGUAUAAAUGAUUAAGAUUGUAAUUGUUUAAUAUGUCAGCUUCAUAUGACACCAUUCAUUGUACAAAUGAUUAAGGUUGUACUCAGUCAGAACUGCAAAACUAUAUAACAAGAAAGAAAUUGUGAGCAUUAGGGAAAAAAGUCAGAUAACUUUUCAUUCAUAUACAAUUGUGUGCUCCAAUUCGGACAUCGUACUGCUCAAUUGACCUUAUGCAUAAUGAUGUCACAAGGCUUGAUGCCCGCAAGGAAUGCUGGUCUUAGUAGUCAUUGCCCAGGAAAAUUGAACAAUUCAAAAUGGCCACUAUCGAAAUUUUCCUGGACUGUGAUGACUACUAAGACCAGCAUUAUUUCCUCGCAGGCAUCAAGCCUUGAGACGUCAUUAUGCAUAAGGUCUAUUGAUACACAGUAAAGCCCCGCAUAAAAGAACCAGUAGGUUAAGAACCACUAGCAUGAAAUUUGGGCUAUUAAGUACCCAAAAUACAAGUUUUAAAUUUUUUUUAAAGUUUAGAUAUAUGCAACACGAACCAUAUUAGUGUCAUAGCAAUAGUUUUAUGCUACAACAGUCCCUAUUUAAUGUGUAGAAUAUAAAAAAAAGUAUAGUGUGAAGUAAGAUUAUAUAAGAACAACUUCAGCCUAUGGCGUAAAAAAAUAUCUGUGGUUCCAGUUCCCGACCGACCCUAUUUUUUUCUGCCGACCCUAUUACAUUUUCAACGCGAUUGACCGUGCGACCCUAUUUUCUCCAGGUGGUUGCGGGCUGCUCAUACAGCGUGCCAAAAUGGCGUCUGUUGUCACACUAAUUAUUGAACCAAAUUGCCUAAAUUCGUCCAUAGGAAAUACGCAUCUCUAGUUAAUAUUGAUGUCGGGACUCUACUGCAAAUCGCCCAGCAAAAAACUGCCAAAACCAUGAAAAAAAAUAUUAAAAAAAAAAUUAUUUCCGACCUGCCGACCCUAAUUUUUUCACGGUAUGAAACCGGAACCACAGGGUUUUUUUUACGCCUAAAGUCAAAAUUCACUGGUUCUUUUAUGCAGGGCUUUAAUUACUGCAUAUAUCAUAUUCCCAUAAUAACAAUAUUAAUAAUCAUUUUACUGUAUUAUAUAUAACUAUUUUUAUUGUCAAUUUUCUAAUUGACAUACAACCUAUAUAUUUGUAAAAUUUGUUAUACAAUACCUUGUUGGCUUGAUCUUUUGACAGAAUCAGUAUACAACUUUAUUAUUGCCAACAUCAACGAUUGCCCAGCUAGCGAGAUCCCACUUCGCUAGUAUAAAGUAUAAAAUAUAGCUAGUUCACACAUCGCUAGCAAGUUCGGUACAGGUACAGCGAGUUUACAAUACACUGCUGUUUUGAAAAACAUAAUGCCCCUUUUGACUUGAUUUGACCAAAUGAUCGCCACGAACACACACCAAAAUAUACACCUACAGGAGAUAGAAUUCGAAUUUUUAUAAUGUAUUUAAUAAAAACAGACUAUCACUUUGAUCGAACGUUCAAAUAACUAUUAUAAUCAACAUACCUUCAAAAAUAUAAUGCUUUUCCUCCAAAAUCAAAUAGUAAUAUUGUAAAAUAAGCUUCGUGCAAUGGAAAAAUAUGCCAUAUGCCAUAUGAUCAAAAUUGAAUAUCAUAGCUCCUAUGAAGCUACGGCGCACCGAACACAGCUUUCGGAAGCGGAUUGUCAUCGUAAACUUCCUGCGUAUAUAAAUUUGUACACAACGUCAUUCUGUGACGUCAGAAAAUGCGACCCGAAUGACCGACAAACAAAUUGAGAUUUGCUUUGACUAAAAUACAUAAGUCGCGCGGGGAUCUGGCACGAGUAAAAACUGUAAACGUCGUCAAGAAUAUGUGGCUGCCUUCGCUUCGCUCGGCAGCAAAUAGGUAAAAGAGCAUCAAAACUGACUUGUGCAUGUUUUAUUCAAAUUGCACUUGAAACCAUCCUUGAUUACCUAUAGUAGAUUUACUUUGUUAAUAUUUUUAUAUAACAAUUUUGUCCACUUUAAUUAGGUCCACGAGGAGGAGUGAGAGGAGGAAGAGGUGGCAGGGGGCGUGGUGGAGGCAGAGGUAAACAACGUUUUUGGCAAACAGCUUUAUAACGGCUAACUGCAAACUUUGAAUCGCAUUGCGAGGACGACCAUGAGCUGUUAGAAGUCAGAACAAUUUGUGUAUUAAAAUCGAAGCGUAAAUUAGUUACUUAGUCAUAGAAAAUGUAUAGAACUUUAUAUGUUCAAAAUCGAUUUGGAGUUUGCCGUUUACAGUUAGCGGUUUGCCGUAACCACGGAUCUUAGACUACGUUCACACUACACCGGAACGAAAUAAUGCGGGCAGAAUUUACAGUGUCGUUACAGUUUAUUUACUAGUUAAAUUAGCAUUCAUGUGAACCCAAAACGUUUCAAAUAGAACAAAGAAAUUUAAACGAAAAGCAUUCAAAUUUUCUGUUUUGAGACCUGAGAUGCUUGGUUUGCAAGCGGUACAAAAAAGUAACGGUAAAGAAACCGUGCUCAAAUUGUUACGGCAAACCAGUGAACUCUAAGGGAACUGGAACGAUAACUUGGUCGCCAUCUUUGAAGCCACUCAUGAUGGCCGCCAAGUACGUAUAUGGAGUGGAAAACACGUCAGCGAAAGGACAUCUGUUUUUGAGCACUAAAUUGCUGUAUUUCAACAAGGAAAAAAGCUAAAAACUUUCAACAAUACCUGAAAUUUAAUACAAAACAUGUUUCCAGAACGUAGAACAGUUUUAAAGUUAUUUUUUCAGGAGUCGAAGUGCGAAGUUAUUUUCGGCACGUUCAAAUUUGUGUAAUAUUUUGAAUAUCAAGCUGUUACCCAAGUUUUUGCUGUUAGUGAAUAGUGGAUGUAAAAUACUUAGAACUAGAAGCCUUUUGAUAAAAAACGUUUUUCUUGCUGAUUUUCGCUCAAAAACAAACUUUUGACUGAAUUUCUCGCUCUUCGAAACUCUUCCUAGUCCUUUUGACAGUUAAUUUAUUGCUCGCUGAGCCUCGCGAGGAGCGCCAUCUUGGCUUCGGGCAAGUAUGGGCAUGUUUACCUGCAGUUAGCGUUUCAGUGUUAUUGCAGUUCACUGCGGCACACUGACGUUUUCAAACAAUUUCGCUCCGGCGCAGUGUGAACGAGACGGCUAAUUAUGACUUCACUGCGCCGUUUUCAAACCGCUCCCGGAGCAGCUUAGUGUGAACGUAGUAGUAUUAAGAUCUCCAAUGGAGAUGUUGAGAUUUGACUUCCACUAACGCCACCAUUAAGGGACCAUAUACCAAUCAGAUGCGUUUGAUAUAUCUGAUUGACCAAUCAGAUCUUUGAUAUACCGCCUGAUUGACCAAUCAGAUGCGUAUUUUAAUUGCGUAAUAAGCCAGUGAGAGGUAGCGGAAGCGGAAAUCAAAUCUGAACCUCUCUAUUAUGUUCAAACGAAUCUGUAAAAAUAACUAUGAUAAAUGCAUGACAUAUACUUAAUAUCCUUAAAUACGAUCUUUGAUAUGUGUAAGAUUUUGGUCGAGAAGUAAUAUAACAUUUUUUUGGCUGUCAAAGUUGCCGGAUAUGAUAUCAUUAAAAGAAUUUUAGCAACGAAAGACAAAGAAAAACUAAUUUGCAACUCAUCUAUUGACAUCAUUUCCCUCUAUUGUUGCGUACGUAUAAGAAGCAUCCAAACCCAAUAUCAAAGAUUAUUAAUGACAUAAAACUUUCUUUUUCUAGGUUUUCGUGGAGGUCGUGGCGGUGGUCGUGGGGGAGGUAGAGGUGGUGGUCGUGGUAGAGGAGGAGGGAGAGGUCGGGGCAGAGGGGGAGGACGAGGAUGUAAGUAUGCAUAUACAGUGCAAUUUUUAUACCAUUUGUUGGUAUUUGUACAGUUCAAUUUAGAAACUGCCAACAUCUGUAAUGCACAUAAUUAUACUUGUUUAGAUCGCUAAUAUGAUUGACUUCAUGACUGACAUCACUGAAGGAGGAUUACUGGUUUCAAUGAUAUUCAUUACGGCAAACAACAAUCAAGGCCAAAAUUCAUGUAAUUAGGCAAACGUUCAUACAAUAGACGCCAAUCUUCCACUCCACUUUUUAUGUUGGUUCUCGAUAUGACAUGAGGUACACUUGUUAUUUGAUGACACAAAGGAUUUACAUUGGUUUACAGGAGGGGGGGGGGGUGUUUGAAGGAAACACCAUCUGUCGUCUAUAUUUAAGAGGUGUGCGAAUGAUUUUGACCUGGAUUGAAAUUGCAAUGGUUGAAGCUUGAUACGAAAUUAAUGGACAAUUAAGAUUUUAAAUAUUGAGAUAAACUUUUUGUUAUUCAUUCUAAAAACUGAGAUAAACUUUUAUCACCCUUGCACACUUGGAUGCUACUCAUUUCAGGAAUACAAACCUAUAUGGACAAAAAGGUCAUCGCAACGAUUUGGAUAUAAUUUCAAACCUUCUGAAUCCAAAUUGUGUCGGUGUCGUGAGAUGCCCAACUUCUCUAUAUAAUAUCAAUUAGUUAAAGUGGGUGUCUGGAACAGCCCGGAACCCACCUAGAACAUCGGAACCCAGUCAAACAUUUUGUAUUUUUAACAAAUUUGGCAUGACGCUUAUUUCGUAUAUUAACUAUAUAUGGACGGGUAUCAUAUUAUUAUUAUGAUAUUAUGAUAACCUAAGAGUAUAUGAUUAUAAAUUUUUAUCAUAAGAUACAUACAUUCUUGCUGUUUAUGGCCAUGCCGUAUGCUUCACAUUUGUCAUCUGACCUUUGCACUAUACGUACCUUUGGGAUCUCUGAAUUAGGAAUAUAUAGCUCGUGGCUGAUGCAUUAUAAUCCAAAUUCGUAAUCAAAAGGAAGGACGUCCAUGUAUAGUACAUGAGAACAACUGCUACAAAAAAUGAUAGCAUCAGAAUAACUCUUGAUUUUAUUGCUUUCAGAUAUGUUUUAGGGUCAAUUUUGUUUAAAAGCACGUGCAAAUCCUUCUUGGAAUAUUUUGCCUGGGUCCCGCGGUGUGCCGGGCAGGGUUCCGGUUAGGUUUUCAGUUUCAGACACCCGUUAAAGUUUCCAUUCCUACCGUUGUUACUAGUUUCCAUUCCUACCGUUGUUACUUACAGCAACCAUAUAUUUGUUACGCGAAUCUUCACAAACGAUUUCAUUAAAUUUUUACGUAUUCAUGUUCUUAUACUGAGAAUAAAUUUUUAAG